AUGGUAUCAAUGGAACAGAAACAAAUAGAAUAUAGAAAAUUACGUAUGAAAGAAAUUCUUUUUGAAAAAAGAAUUGGUUUAUAUAUACUUAUGGGUUCAGCUAUAUAUUUAAUGACAAUUAAAAAUAGAGAUGAAAAGGGAUGGAAUAAUACAUCAUUUAAUUGGUUAUUAAUAUUUUUUAGAAUAGGUCCACUUUUAGGAAUUGUUUGGAUGAUAUCUUAUAUGCCAAAUAAUUUAAAAACUCAAGUUGAAAUAUUAUGUGAGACAUUACAAAUGGAUAAUCAAGAUCUUCAUCAAAUUACAUUAAAAAAUAUAGAAAAACAACUCUUUCCAAAUUUAAAUAGUCAAUUUCAAUGUAUAGAAUACUUAAAGAAGUAUAUUCAACUAUCAAUUAUUAUAUAUUCAAUAGGUGAAUCAAUUAGUGAAAUUUCUUUAUUAUAUGGAUCAAUAUAUAUUAAUCAAAAUGUUAAUAAAAAAUUUCUAAUUAUAUUAUAUAUUUUACCAUAUAUAUCUUGUAUUAUACGAUCAAUAUCAAUUAUGUAUCUUUGUUUUUGUAUUUUAUGGGAUAUUCAAAAAACAAAUAAACGAAAUAUUAUUUUAUCAUCCUGUAUAGGAUUUAUAACUAGUUUUAGUAUAUAUAUAAUAAUAAAUUAUAUAAUGGUAUAUUUUAUUUUAGAAGAAAAGAAUGUAUUAUCAAAUUCAAAUACAUUUAAUCCAUAUGGCUAUAUUAUUAAUAUUGAUUCAUUUCAAAGAUAUAUUUAUAUAGAAUUAAUGGUUAUAUUUAUAUUACUUUUAUCAUGUAUUUUACGUAAUUUAAGUAAUAAUAUUGCUUCAAAAGCUUCAAGAUAUACACCAAUAGUUGGUUCUAUACUUAUUUUUAUAUCAACAUUAUUCAGAUUAGGACAUAUAAAAUAUUUGGAUGUUUUAUAUUAUAUAUUAUAUAUAGAAAUAGGACCAAUUACUUGGGGAUUUUUUAUAUUUUCUCAUGCUAUUUCACUUUAUAUAAGAUAUGAUAAUAAUUAUAUUGAUGAAAAGAAUGAUUAUUUAAUUAAUUAUAAGCGUAAAGAACAAUGA